AUGGCUCACACAAACAAAUCAGUGGUGUCUGAGUUUGUACUUUUGGGACUCUCUAAUUCGUGGGAACUUCAGCUUUUCCUUUUUGCCAUCUUCUCUGUAGUCUAUGUGACAUCAGUUCUAGGCAACAUCAUGAUUAUUGUUAUCAUUUCCUCUGACUCCCAUCUGAACUCACCUAUGUACUUCCUGCUCAGUAACCUUUCUUUCAUUGAUAUAUGUCAGUCUAACUUUGCCACCCCCAAGAUGCUUGUGGACUUUUUUGCUGAACACAAGACUAUAUCCUUUGAAGGCUGCAUGGCCCAGAUAUUCCUUCUUCAUAGUUUUGUUGGGAGUGAGAUGAUGUUGCUUGUAGCUAUGGCGUAUGACAGAUUUAUAGCCAUAUGUAAGCCCCUGCACUAUAGUACAAUUAUGAACCGGAGGCUAUGUAUAAUUUUUGUGUCUAUUUCCUGGGCUGUGGGUAUUCUUCAUUCUGUGAGCCACUUGGCUUUUACAGUGGAUCUGCCAUUCUGUGGUCCUAAUGAGGUAGAUAGCUUCUUUUGUGACCUUCCCCUGGUGAUAGAGCUGGCGUGCAUUGACACAUAUGAAAUGGAAAUUAUGACUCUAACUAACAGUGGCCUGAUAUCCUUGAGCUGUUUUCUGGCUCUGAUUAUAUCCUACACCAUCAUUUUGGUCAUUGUCCGGCGCCGGUCCUCCAGUGGGUCAUCCAAGGCACUUUCUACAUUAACUGCCCACAUCACGGUGGUAAUUCUUUUCUUCGGGCCUUGCAUUUAUUUCUAUAUAUGGCCUUUCAGCAGACUUUCUGUAGAUAAAUUCCUUUCUGUCUUCUAUACUGUCUUCACUCCCAUUUUAAACCCAGUUAUUUACACGCUAAGGAACAAAGAAGUGAAGGCAGCUAUGUCAAAACUGAAGAGUCGAUAUCCGAAGCCUUGCCAGGUUUCUGCAGUCAUAAGAAAUGCUCUUUUCCUUGAAACAAAGUAA